AUGGACUGGAAAAGUGCGAAAUUUAUUUUAAUGUCUACGGCUACCGCAGUUGUUGUUUCUCAAGUAGCAAAAAAGGUGUGCAAAUACUUAUAUAAUUUUAAGAAAAGUUCACAAGACGUGGUUGCAAACGACUAUGCCUUUAGCGACGACGCUGCAAUUUUUAAUAAUAAAAUUCGCGAUAUUAAUGACGUGAUAUUAUUUUCGGAUGAUGUUGUUCGCCACACAAUAAGAGUGCCCCCAAACAAGGAUAUUACCAUAUGUGAGAGCAGAGAACUAAAUUGUUUCAAACUUAUAAAGUAUAUUAAAUCCGCACGUGAGACGUUAGAUGUCUGUAUGUAUUUAAUAACAAGCAGUGAAAUAGCUGAACAGAUAAUAAGACUGGGGCAACGGCAUAUUCUAGUCAGAAUUGUCGUCGACAGUGAUAUGGCUGAUACACCUCCAUCACAAAUAAAAAAAUUACAGGAAUACAGUUUUAUACAGGUUCAAACAAAUAAAAAGUCUAUAUUAAUGCAUCACAAGUUUUGCAUUAUAGAUGGUCCUAAGGCGAUUAAACGAAAAAAUUUACUAAAAACUCAUGCCGAAAAAUUAAAUAUUCACUCUCAAUUCGCAAAACAAAACAGCAAACAGUCCAAAACAAAAAAUACUAAAGGUUUUGUUAUGUCAGGAUCGUUAAAUUGGUCUACACAAGCCAUGGUUUCAAACCGAGAAAGUGUUAUAGUUACUUCAAACACUAAUAUUGUAAAUAAAUUUGAAAAGGAGUUUGAAAGUUUAUGGGUAGAAGAAGAACCGGUAAGAUUAUGA